AUGUUUAUAAGAGACGUAACACGAGAUGGGAAUCAACAGAUGGUGAAAUCAGAGACAAAAACAGAGGAAGAAGAUCAAGACGACGAAGAAACAGAGCAUCAAGAGAAAAGCUUGGACUCUGUUUUAUGGUUAGACGAAAACGAGAAACAACGAUGGAUUAAGAAGAAGAAACACGAAGCUGAGAAAGAAGAGUGGCUCAAGAAGAAGAGAAUCGAAGCGAAAUACAACAUGGAAGAAGACGAUUCCGAUGCAACUUUGAGUUUACUUCGCCGAUGGAAGAUUCCGGCGACACCACCGGAAAAGAUCGUGAACCAAAACUUGAUAGAGCAAUGCAGCAAACCGAUUCGUAAGCAAAUGACGAAGAGAGACGAAGAACAGAGCAGGCUAGGGUUAUCGAAAUCGCAAGUGAAGAAAAAGUUUCUUCCUUUACUUGAAGAAACAGAGAUUUCAAGAGAUGGGAUUAGGGUUUCUGUGUAUGGUCCAGAUGGGAAAGUUCAUGAGAUGAAGAUGUGGCCUGAUGAGAAGAAGAAGAACGAGCUUGAUUUGACGUUGGGAUGGAGAAAAUUCGUUGAAGAUUAUGAGCUUAAGGAGAUUUGUGAUUUCAUUACGGUUUGGAUGUUUAGGCACAUAUUGAGUCGUGAGAUUUGUUUAGCUAUUGACACUACAAGACUUUCUUUGAGGAAACAGGUCAGUAAGAGGAUCUCUAAGGCUGCUUUCGAUGAUUUGGAUUAG